AUUGCAAGCAUCAAAAGGGGAAAAUGGAGGCAUGACGUCAUCGUGUGUGUGUCCUUGGAUGGCGAGGAUAUAAAUUGAAGGGUUCCGCGUUGACAGUCCUACCAAAAAUCGUCUUCAUCCAUACGCUUCAGCUCGAGUGGAACAGCGGGAGAAUGUGUCCUACUUGGUCAUUGGUGGCGGCGCUGCUGGUGGGCGUGGCCACGGGAUCUGCCAGUCAGUACUGGGAGAAUCCCAAUUGUCAGGAGGUCCAGUCAGAGAACAGCGCGAUGGACUACAUGCAGCUGUCCCGUGCCGACCUCAGUGCCGAGAGGCCGCUGGUCCCGGGUGACGCUCACCUGCAACUGGUCUCUCCUGAGUCUCCGCCUCCUUUGCCUCUUUCCAAGCGUUCCUACUCCAUGGAGCAUUUCCGCUGGGGGAAGCCGGUGGGCGUCAAGCGCCGCCCCAUCAAAGUGUACAUCGCCAACGAUGUGGGAGAGGAGUCCAAGCAGGUUUUGAGGAGGCGAGAGCCGGCCGAGGAUGAGCAGCCGGAGGAGGAUGAGCAGCAUCUCUCAGGGGGGGUCUACCAGAAGAAAGACGGCGCCUAUAAGAUGAAGCACUUCCGCUGGGGCUCCCCGCCGGCCGCCAAACGCUACGGCGGCUUCAUGAAAGGCUGGGAUGAGCACAGCCAGAGGCCGCUGAUCGCGCUCUUCAAAAAUGUCAUCAACAAAGACGGCGAGCAACACGAGUGAUGAUGUGAGGCGCUUUACUUUGUGUCAAAUUCAACUGAAAUCUCAGAUUUUUCUCAAGAAUAUAAAAUACUGUAUUGUCUAUUUUUAGGGCUGUCAAAUGAUUACAAAUGGUAAUCAAAUGAAUUAAGCAUGAUUAAUCAGCAUUACGUCUGACAUAUGCUACCAUUAUGGUUAUUGAAAGAAAUAUAAAAGACAUGACAGGAUGAUACUGGAUGUAUUAACCAAAUAAAGUGGAAAUUUAACUCAAACGAAAA